CAUUCUCUGUCUUUUCAGGCAAGUCGUAUGGGUGUGGAAGCUGUGCUUGCCCUUUUAGAAGCUACUCCGGCUACCCCUGCCUGUGUUGUGUCCCUGUCUGGAAACCAGGCUGUCCGUCUGCCUUUGAUGGAGUGUGUGCAGAUGACUCAAGAAGUCCAGAAAGCCAUGGAUGAGGGAAGAUUUCUUGAAGCUGUGAGGCUUCGUGGAAGGAGCUUUGAAAACAACCUUAACACCUACAAAUUACUGUCACACAAAAAACCAGAUGCUGAGCUUCCAAAGACUAAUUUUAAUGUGGCAGUUUUAAAUGUUGGUGCCCCAGCAGCUGGGAUGAAUGCUGCAGUGAGGGCUGCAGUGAGAGUUGGCAUAACUGAAGGCCAUAAAAUGUUUGCUGUCAUUGACGGAUUUGAAGGUUUUGCUAGAGGGAAGAUAAAGGAAAUCAGCUGGGGAGAUGUUGGAGGCUGGACUGGACAAGGAGGAUCAAUUCUUGGUACAAAACGUACUCUUCCUGCAAAAUAUUUGGAGAAGAUUGCUGACCAGAUGCGCACUAACAACAUUAACGCCCUUAUGGUUAUUGGUGGAUUUGAGGCGUACCUCGGACUCCUGGAGUUGUCAGCUGCCCGAGAGAAAUAUGACGAGUUCUGUGUCCCAAUGGUUAUGGUUCCUGCAACUGUAUCCAACAAUGUGCCGGGUUCAGAUUUCAGCAUUGGUGCAGACACUGCUCUGAACACUAUAACUGAUACAUGUGAUCGCAUCAAGCAGUCGGCCAGCGGCACCAAGCGCCGCGUGUUCAUCAUCGAGACCAUGGGUGGCUACUGUGGUUACCUGGCCAACAUGGGGGCCCUGGCAGCAGGAGCUGAUGCUGCUUACAUCUUUGAAGAACAGUUUGAUAUUCGAGAGCUCCAGGCUAAUGUGGAACACUUGACUGAAAAAAUGAAAACCAGUAUCCAGCGAGGUCUAGUGCUGAGAAAUGAGAACUGCAACGAGAACUACACAACUGACUUCAUUUAUCAGCUGUACUCUGAAGAAGGAAAAGGAGUGUUUGACUGUCGAAAAAAUGUACUGGGCCACAUGCAGCAGGGUGGUGCACCUUCGCCAUUUGAUAGAAACUUUGGGACAAAAAUUUCUGCAAAAGCUAUGCAGUGGAUCUCCAAAAAACUGAAAGAAACCUACCGAAAAGAAGAAGGAAAAGUAUUUGCCAAUACUGACGACUCGGUCUGCUUGCUGGGAAUGCGUCGACGCAACCUCAUCUUCCAGCCGGUGGCGGAGCUGAAGACUGAAACAGACUUUGUGCACAGGAUUCCCAAGGAGCAAUGGUGGCUGAAGCUGCGACCACUGAUGAAAAUCCUGGCCAAGUACAAGACUAGUUACGACGUUUCAGAUUCGGGGCAGCUGGAGCACGUGACUAGGCACAGCCCAAAGGAAGCAGAGACCGGAGCCAUCUAACGACAUCACUCUUCCAUUAUUGUAAUAGAUGCACAUUGUGAGUAACAGUGCUUUAGGAUCAUUACUGCUUUGUUUUGUAACAUUUAAAUUAUUGUACCAGCACUUUACAUGGAACAAGACGUUCAGAUGUCACAGAUUUUGUCCUGUAUUUGUGUUACGUUUGAAACCACCCUAGCAUCUAAUGGGUAAGCACCAUUUACUGAUACUGCCCUUUAACAGUCAGUGCGACACUGUUCUAUGCACUCUGUAAGUUACUCAUCUACUGCACUUCCUUUCAGAGUACUUACACCCAAAAAAUAAGUGUAGGUGGCUAGCUUUGUGUUUUGAGUUACAGGAUGUGCUUAAUGUAUCUGAAGUGAAAUAAAAUACUGUUGCAAACAU